AUGGUGAAUCCUGGUUUGGUGUAUCCUCAAGGGUAUCCUCAGAUCGCUUCUACUCCAGUUAUUUCUCAAACGACUUCUCAGCAUGUUCAACUUCCCAAUCAUCAAGUUAAUCCUCAACCUACCAAUCAGAAUGUUGUUGGUUCAGACUAUCAGUUACUGGAUGAAAGGAUCAGAGCCAUUGAAGGUUUCUCUGCUUAUAGUAUGGAUGCUAAGGACUUAUGCCUAGUUCCUAAUGUGGUGGUUCCUCCUAAGUUCAAAGCGCCAGACCUACCAAAAUAUAAGGGUUUGAGUUGUCCAAGAAGCCAUGUCAUCAUGUAUUGUAGGAAGAUGGCAUCUUACAUUAAUAAUGAUGAUCUUAUUAUCCAUUGCUUCCAAGACAGCUUAUCUGGGGCAUCCUUAGACUGGUAUAUGGGCCUGGAACGCAGUAAAAUCAGAUCUUGGAAGGACUUGUCUGAAGCCUUUCUCAAGCAAUACAAAUAUAAUCUGGACAUGGCUCCCACCAGGCUACAACUGCGGAAUCAAGCCUGCAAGAGCAAUGAAACAUUUAAAGAAUACGCUCAGAGAUGGCGUGAAAUGGCUUCCAGAGUUAAACCUGCACUGACAGAUGCCGAAUUGGUUGAUAUUUUCAUGGGCACACUCCAUGGUUUGUAUUAUGAGAAGAUGGUUGGUAGCUCAUCAUCCAACUUUGCCGACAUGGUAACCAUUGGAGAACGCAUCGAGAAUGGGCUAAAAAUAGGAAAGAUUGCUAGUAUCGACAGCCAGCCAGCGGCUAAGAAGUCUCACGGUUUUGCUAAGAAGAAAGAGGCCGAGGCAAAUGCCGUAACAACAAAUGUAUAUCCUCAAGUUAAGGCACUUAUGGAUCAUAUGCCAUACUACCCUUAUCCAUACAUUGUCGCUGCUCAAUAUCAGUAA